AUGUCGACAUUGACCAUGCAACCGGGACAUCACAAACCGAAGAUUCUCGGGACUCCCAAAGCCCUGGUCUCAACUGUGAUCGGACAUCAACCUUUGGGCUGGCUGAUCAGAUUGGGCGACGCUGAUGCAAUUCCCGAUGGGGCAGCCCUCGAACGGGCGCCGAUAACCAGACGCGAAGGUGACAAACUGUUGCCAAUCUCUGACCUGCUCGGAUUCCCCUUGCCUCCAAGUCAGACAACAACGGUGCUGUUCGACACCUAUAUCCGUUCUGUUCAUUGGUUCCUUAUGAUAGUACAUGCACCUUCACUGAAGGCUGAUCUGGAAGAGAUUCUGAGGUCUGGACGCGCACACUAUCGUCAGAAAUCACUGCUCUACCUCAUUGCGGUGAUCCUCGCAUUCGGUGCCGGCUAUGCUUCAGAUGAACCUGUUCUUGAGAGUCAACUAUCAGGCAUCGACUUGCGCUCAUUGCAAUCACGACUUGUUAAGGUUAUCGAGGCGAACCUUUUGGAGAUCAUGGAUAUGGCCGAUGUCACCUCGGUACAAACUUGUCUCCUCCUCAGUUGGUUUUAUUUGUACAAUCGCCGGCCGAAGCGUUGUUUCAUCCUCAGCGCCGCUGCGUUGAGAGGGGCUCAAGUGCUGUGUCUACACAGAGAAUCAUCCUGGGGCAACAUUAGCACUAUCGAAAGAGAAGUGCGCAGACGCCUCUGGUGGGCGUUGUAUACCUGUGAAGGUUUCACGGCACUGACCUUUGGGAACUCUUCGUGCAUUCAACUCGGCAAUUUUGAAGUUCCGAUGCCUGGAAAUCUGGACGAGGCGUGCGAUAGAUGUCCCGGGUUUGACUCGGUCGAGCAGCUCCAAGACGGUAGCCACCAUCCAGUUACGACCAUGACAUAUCACAGGCUCAAAUUCAAGCUCUAUCUCAUUGCCUCGCCUAUCUCCCGAGAUGCUUAUUUCCACCAAGAUCGAACCAUACAGUCUGUAGCGGCCAGGGUGACCAAGAUCCACCAGGCCCUGGUCGAUUGGGAACAAAGCAUUCCCCCAGAGUUGAGACCAGGCUCAUUCGUCGCCCGCCAGCUUGACAGCACUGAAGUUGACCCAGUGACCCGAACCUUUCAACUUCAAGCAAUUUCACUGCAGUUGGCAUAUGAAAAUAUCCAGCUUUGUCUACACAAACCACUACUUGUCUACAACAAAGUCCCGGGUGGUCCCUCACCACAACCUCGAGGGGAAUCUGUGGGAGAAGAAGACGUGCCCGAAGUGUCUGACAAUGACGUGAAUCUCGACGAGAAUAAAGAACAAUGCUGGAUAUCAGCCCUUCGGACCUCCAAAUUGCUGAUCGAUCACGUCGAAGUGCUCAAAAGCGCUCAAAAGACUCAAAUCAUUGGCUAUGCAGGAAUCCAAUCAUUCAGCGCCGGUGUCAUGUUGGUCAUUUUCGCCCUGUCCCAACCUCUUUCUGCUCAGGCACAAGAGGCCAAGCGGGGUGUUGGCCGUCUAAUCAAGUUCUCCAAGACCUUCGGUGCCUCAUCUGCUAUAUUAGAACAGAGCGGUCGCGUCUUGGAGAAGUUACUAAAAGUGAUAUUGGAACAAGAAAUGAGGGUGCUUACCGUGGACGAGAGGGAUGUGGACAUACCGUUGAGGCGGAUCAGUAGGUGUGCGUUUCCCGCCUUAAGCUCAACGACACGAAGUGAUCCACAACAACUGGGUGACUGGACCCAGACAUCUGCUUCUCACGCCAUGGUCGACGGAACGAGUCGUGAUAGUUCGGCGCUAGAGAGCUCGCCUGGCGUUUCUGUUACUUCUUACCCUAUUCGUCCGCCGCAGAACACCUUGUCGCCCAUUGGAGGGUUUGACGAAGUGAUAGGCUCUGCGCCUGCCGACGAACAGCAGGAGCACCGUCACGAAAUGUGUCCGGUUUCUCUGACAUUGAAGGGCAGCUCUAGGUGA